AUGAGUGAGAACGCGACAACGUCGUCGAGGAAGCGUCGGCACAGCAAAGCCUGUACACGAUGCAGAAAGAGGAAAAUACGUUGUGACUUUCAAUUUCCCACCUGUGGCGCUUGCAUCGCGGCAGCAGCGCCAUGCUUGGGCUUUGACUCGAUUCGAGGUGUCGACAAACCUCGCAGCACAAUUUCACAUCUCGAGGAAGAAAUCGCUCGUCUAGAGAUCGAGCUGGGACAGAUCAAGUCGCCUGCGAAAUCUACCGCAGACAUCGCCAAUGCUGCUGCCGACGAGUUUUCGACGCACCUUGCAGCAGCCAUUCUUGCUCCACAGGGACCUUCUCGAAAGCAAGGGUGUCUCCUGCCCCUCAACUCGCCAUUCUUCCUUACCGAAUCUCCCUUACCAUAUGUCAAGAUUGGACUCUCGGACCUCAAUCAAGACGUAUUGUUCGAGGAGCCUCUGCCAGUUACCAAUAAGCUGUCGUCAAUCCCUCGUCACGUCAUUGACGCCAUGUUGAAACACUACUGUGAGAUAUAUCGCCCACUGUAUCCAUCCAUCGAUGAAGCCAAUCUAUACGAGGCAUGUGAAAGGGUCUACAACAAUAUCAGCCCCUCCGCUUUCGACAUAUUCAGUGUCCACAUCACAUUAGCCAUCAGUAUGCAAACACUCAUGCACAAAGAUGAGAAGCGAGCUACGACCGCUUCAACUAAUUUUUGGACCACGGCAGCUGGCCUGCUUGACCAGGUAGGUACCUCAGAUCCAUGGGAACGCUUGCAAGCGUUGCAGCUUUGUACACAUUACGCUUUCAUGAAUCCCAAGGCAGUCGACUGCAGCAAGUGCGCUGCUGCGGCCACCAGAUUAUGUCUGCAACUAGGCUUGCAUCAUGAAUUGCCCGCUUCAAUUCAGGCCAGCCUGGACACCAAGGCACUACAGAAUCGGAGAAGGCUCUUCUGGAACUCAUACAACAUUGACGCUGCUGUUGCCAGUGUUCGCUGUCAGCCAUAUGUAUGGCCAACAUUGACCCCAGCAACCACGGCAAAAUUCCCAGGCACCGGGUCGCAGCCAUCUCCGACCCACCAAUUUCUGCUGCUUCGCGAGCUUGAAUCCGAAAUCUCGAUGGCUAUAUACUAUCCCAAUCUUUCCCCCGAAGACGCUCCUUGGAACGCCUCGUUUGGUCAGUGGUACACGUCUGUGCAAGAUCGCCUGAAUGCGUGGUAUCAGACGACUCGUCAAAGCAUCAAUCUGGGCGAGAAAAUCGAGUUCCACGAAAUGCUCUUCCAGUGCCAAAUAUUGAGGCUUAAUCGGCCAACGCCACGGUUUCCCCGUCCAUCGAGGGAGAUGAACAAGAAAACUCUGCAAAUUUCCAUUGCCCUGAUAAAAGAGUUCGCCACGGUAGAUCGCGUUGGGAAGCUCUUCAACAUCUGGCACGCGGCUCAUUACAUGUUUGAAUCAGGUGUUUGUCUCAUAGCCAUGAUAGUGGCAGAGUUGGAGUCCUCAGAGCAGGACCUCACACUCUUGAUGGAAGAAGACGUCACGAUUUUGAUGAAAUACAUCAAGAUACUGCCGUCCCUGCUGUGGAAGAUAUCCCGUCGUUGGCCUGGCGUGGCACCACAUGCCUCUACGAUAGACUCGCUAUGCGCUGCCGUCUUGGUAAAAUUGGAAGAACGAGCAUCUGGCGGAGCAAUCUGGGAUUCUCAUUUCCACGAGCUCAAGGACAAAGUCAGCCACCUGUUACUCUUUUCACCUCUGCCUGCAGGAACGCAAGCCACACCGAUUGCCGAGAGCCAAGCAGUCGAAUCACAGUUCCCUCCAGCACCGAAUGGACAUGGCCUAUCAAUGGACCCUGAUGUGUGUUUCAACCCUUCUGAUUCGCAAAACUUGACGACAGGGAUCGUACCCUUCUACCCUGACUGGACACUGUCCGACGCAAACCUGGAUCCCGGAUCCUUGGUCUACCCAGACCCUUAUGGGUUUAGUGACGCAGAUGCGCUGAGCUGGGACUUUGCUGGCAUGGACUCGGACGAGAUCUUAGCUGCCCUACUUGCGGAAGCGGAACCCCUCGUGCUAACCGAUGUUGAUGCCCUCACAAAUCCUGGAGUGUUAUCUCAGACAGACCAUCUGCCGAGUCUCUGA